AUGGCCACAAGUAACAACUCCGCCGUAGCUGGUUCUCAAACUACACCAAAAUAUAAUAUAAACUCAGAAGAAAAUCAAUUAAUGAUUAAAAAUUUAAAUCUAAUCGCUGCCAGAGAUUCUUCAUUGAAUGCACUUAUGCGUACGGUAGCUCUAGGUCAAGCAUCAAUGCAACAAAUUGAUGUAUUUAAAGAAUAUAUUAAACGUGCUAAAGCCAUGGGUCCUCCACCUCAUGAUGAUUCAGUAUGGGAAGAAGUUUUUAGAACACCUGUUUGGGGAAGUGCCAUCAACAAUGAACUGCAAUCUUCACAAGAAUCAAAACCAUCAUCAAGUGAAAAUAAGAAAGAUAAAGAUAGUGUCGAAUCAAAAGUUAAAGAAGAAGCUGGUAAGACAACACAAUCCAAUGACAAGGAAAAAUUACCAAAGGAAACUUCUUCAAAAAAUGAAGAAAAAGCAGAAGAGGCGGAAGGACAAUCCAAAGAUUUGGAAUCAACAGAGAAAAAAGAAUUAAAUCCAAAAGAUAAUGUGAAUGUGAAUAAGAAUGAGAAUGAGAAACCGGGAUUGAAGGAUAAAGUUGAAACUAAUGAGAAAGAAUCCAAACCAAAGGAGAAGGAGGAGAUUAAAGACAAAGAGGAACAAACGAAAAAGAACAGUCAAGAAUUAAAGAAAGAUAAAGUAGAAAUAGAUGGCAAAGAAGAGAAGGAAACAGAUAAGCUGAAGAUAGAAAAGAAUGAAGAGUCAGAAAAAAACAAAGCUGAAGAACCAAAGAAAGACAAGAGUGAAGAGUCCACAAAAAGUAAUGAAGAAUCGAAGAAAGAUGAAGAAUCGAAGAAAGAUGAAGAAUCGAAGAAAGAUGAAGAAUCGAAGAAAGAUGAAGAAUCGAAGAAAGAUGAAGAAACUCUGAAGAAGAAAGACGAAGAUAAAACACAAGCAAACGAAGAUUCAACAAAGGGAAAGAAAGUUGAAAUAGAUGUUAAAAAAGAAGACACAAAUGAAAAAGAGAUACCACCAGAAACUAAACUGGAUAAAGACUUGAAAGAUUUACCGUCAAAAGAGAAAAAGAAAUCCUUUGAAAAACCUCCAAAAGUGAAAAAGGAGAAACCACCAAAACAAUCAAAACACUCUAAAGCAGAAAUACCAGAUGAUCAAAAAUUGACAGCAUUUCAAGAACGAUACUUGGAAGAUGCUACAUUAUUGUUUGAAUUUGUUGAAAAUCCAAAUGUAAGAUUUUUAUUACCUAAAGAUGCAAUAUGUGAAGUUCUUCCUGCUGGUACUAUGAUUAAUGCUGAAAAUGGGAAUAAUUCUGAUAAUAGAGAUAUAUUGAUGAGUUUUAUUUGGAUACAUAAUCAAAAGGAAGUUGAUGAAUAUGAAAAGAAAUUGGAAGAAUAUAGUAAUAAAAAAGCUGAAGAAGAAGAGAAAAAGAGACAAAAAGAAAAAGAGGAAGAAAGAAAGAAUAAAGAACAACUAGAGAAGGAAAAGUCAAAUGAGAAGAAUAAAGAAGGUGAUGAGCUGAAACUGGUCCAAUCCCUUGAUGAAGUACAAGAAGGACAAUCAAAAGAUGUUGAAAUGGGAGACAACACAACUAAUACUGUAAAAUCUGAAAUUGAAGUGAUUGAAAUUUCUGAUGAUGUACAAGCCACAGAAGAACCAGAAGAAAUCAAACAAGAAAUUGAAGAAAUUGAAGAAAUUGAAGAAACUGAAGAAAUUGAAGAAAUUGAAGAAAUUGUUCCUGCCAAGAGAAGAGCACCACCUAGACGUGGUAAAAAGAAACGUAGAGUCCCACCUCCAAAGAAACCCACUACCCCUAAACCAUUAGAACCUCCAGUAGAACCAGAAUAUAGAUUCACAACAUUAUCAUUCACCAUACAUGGAAUACCAUCAAAAUUAGUUCCAAUAUUUAUGAAUAGUGUGAAUCCUAUAAAGGAAGUUCAAACAAAAAUGAAACAUAUACUUGAAGUUGGAACUAGAACUUCAUCAUUUUAUUUAUGGUAUCAAGUAGAUGGGAAAUUAGAUGAAGAAUUGGCAGAAAAUAUUCGAGUUCUGCUUAAUCAAGAAGAAAAGAAAAUGACGGGUAUUCCAACUAUUCAACAUGAAACUCCAUCAGAACCGAAAAAAUACCCUAAAAAGAGAAAGAUUAAAGAAGAAUCUAAAACUGGUAAUGAACAAGGUGAUGAUGAUUUAGGUGAAAAUAAUAAUAAUAAUAAUAGUAAGAAAAUAAAAGUGGAAUCUUUAGAAGAUAAUGAUGAACAAAAUGAAGGUAAUAAAAGUGAAAAUGACCGUAAAGUAAGAGAUGAGUCGAAUGAACUUGUACUGAAAGAUCAUGACAAUGAUGAAUCUCAACCACAAAAUGAAGAUGUUAAAGAAGCACCUGUUGCUACUGAUACUGUGGAUUCUUUAAUCAGUGAUCAAAUUGAACAAACUCCAGAACCCAUUAAAGAAAACUCCUCAACAUAA